AUGGACGAUUCGGAGGCGCCGGAAAUUAAAUCAAUGCCACCGACACCACUACCAAUAGGUUCCAGUCGAUGCUAUCGCUGGACAUCUUACACCGCCGCUCGCAACUCGCUCUAUUCCGAUUUCUCACCGAUCAGCAGCCGUCAAGAGACGCCAGUGUCCGUCGACGUGGAGGCGACGUGGCGAAAAGCGGUGCCACGUGGCAGAAUUCGUGAUCUUGUCGCCGCGUUCGAUCAGUGCGCUCGACCAGAAGAAGAUCACUUCAAAAAGCCGGCGCCACCACCACCGAAAUUCCACGAAAUCCCACCGGCCGUAAACUUCAAAACUCCCCAAAUCUCCACUCCAAAGCGUCCGUCAUCCGCUGAAAAACGGGCGGCCCCACCGAAAGCUCUCGAUUUGAAUAAGCUCGAGCGCACGGCUCCUGCGCCAAUAACCAUGAAGACGUCGCCAUUGGCACAACGUCAUCAGAAUUCUCGACGUGGCACUCAGGCGGUGGUUUUCAAGAGCUCUCCAUUGGCGUCAAGUGCGCCUGAGUCGCUUUUUCCGGCGAAUAUUCGGAAAAUGGCGCUGAAAAAGGAGUUGGAGCCGUUUAUUAAGAAAGAUUGCUCGAUUCAAGUGAUGAAUACACGGGGAUUGGAAGAUUUUUGGGCAAAGGAGGUGUCGGAGGAUUCUGAAUCGACGUUAGGGGAUUCAGAGGAUUCUGAAGAACCUAUGGAGCUCGACGAAGAAUCGAAAACAGCCGAUCGAACAUUCGAUGAGCCGGAUUAUUUGUCUGAUAAGGAGAAUAUCGCUCCGGAUUCAGUUUUCCCCACUUUAGAUUCCUCCGCUUCCCCGAAAUUCACGAGUUCCCCAUCUCUUUUCACCCCGUACGCCGGCCAACCGGUCACAGAAUACCGAGUGACCGAGACAGAGGGACCACAUAAAGUGGUCAAACAACAGAUGCCGCCCGCCGCGUUGGCCACGUCCACACCGUUUGGAACGAUGAAUAGAGGAGGAGGGGGGAUGAGACGGGGUGGAGAAGAUGAAGCGCAGUUUCAGAACUCGUUCGUCAGUUCGAUCAGCAACUUCUCGGCUGUCGACCACGCGAAUGAUUCGCGUCGUCAAAUUUCUUGUCUUCUCGAAUCAAUCGAUAAAACACGUCAUCACAUCCAACUCGCUGAAAUCUCGCUUCUCGAAGCGAAAAAAUCUCGUGUCGUCGUUCAGGAACUCUCGUCUCAACGCGUUCUUCUCUGUUGUCGUGAACGUCUGAAAUUACAAUUGGAAGAGAUCCGACGUCUUCAGGCACUUGCUGUCGUUCGACACCCGCCACCACCAAUUAAUAGACAGUUUAAGUCGACGAUGGUCAUUUCGAAUAUAUCGUUGCAGAUUAAUAAGAACUUUCAUUCGCGCAGCUCAUUCGCGUUCAUAGUAGUCUUGAAAUGCCGUACCGAAGUCGAGGCGACAGGUGUCGUCACUCUUCUCGCACAGUUUCAAACCCGUCUGAAUACGAUUCAAUUCGGUGAACACUUGCAUUUUUCAAAUCUUCCCGUCGAUUUUGUGAUUGGUGUCGAGAUUUAUAUGAUGAAAGUUCCCGAAUACAAGCCACCGGAGAGGAACUGCGCCGCGUUCCUUGCGGAAAAAGUCAGGAAUUUGUUCGUUCCGAGUCAUGCUGCCCAUCGUCGUCCAACUCUCACCACCACUACUAUCCCAAAUACUCAACAACUAAACAAGACCUCAAUCUCUCUUCCCUCCGCCAACGCGUCUCCAGAGUGUGAAUUCAAACUCUGCGGAAAACUGACACUCGACCGUGAUUCCGCGGGCGGAGACCGUCAAUUCUAUCUAGAUGACGUCAUCUAUCCCCUCGAGGGUACUGUCAAAUUGAAUUCCCAUUGCUCAUCCCUCCCGGAGGCAAUAGAUGUCGAGUUCCGUGGUUAUUUGCAUCUUUUCCAUGACCCAGUGAUCCAGGGGGCGUCUAGAGGACUCCCGACAUGGCACCGGUACUGGGCGAUGCUCCAUAGAGGAAUCGUGUUCUUUUGGAGCACGCCGACGGAUGAAAUGACGGAGAAAUCACCGUUAUCACAGAUUGAUUUGACCAAAUGUACGAAUCAAUCGAUUGAGGAGACGAUGAGAGAGAAGACGGGAGGAGCGGAACACGAGUUUCAUAUCGAGCUGUUGAUUGAUCAUGAUCCGAGUCUCCUGGAGAAGAGACGCGUGAUCCUCGCCGCCGAUUCGUCCGACCAUCUAUCCUCAUGGCUCAACGCCAUCAACGAUACUCUCUACGUUUUGAGAUCUUAA